GAAGAAAGCACGCUCUGGUUUACGUGCAGCGCCAGAAGUGAACUUAGGCUAGCGAAUGCUGUCUUGUGAGCUUUCAUCAAUCCUGCGUUCAACUGAAACCGGUUAGCGUUGAACUCCUUUUGAUCUUGCAUUCAGCUGACUGUUGGGGUCGCACAACAUCACGACCUCCAUCGAGGUGCAGGCAUGGCAGAAAUGGAGGCCAUGGAGGUGAUUGAGGUGGCGGAGGUCACAGUGGUCACCACGCCUGCGAAAGAGGAGCCUCAGCAGGAAGAGGAGUACGUGCCUGUAUGUAUCGUGGAGGACGAGCAUGUGCUGCCACUGCCCGAAGAUGUGGCAUCUCCGCCUCAAGAGGUGCAGCCUGCAGUUUCCGCAGAGGCUCUACUAGUGAAAGAGGAAAAAGAAACCGAACCUCAAACGGAGGAUGAAGCUCCACGGGCUCCAUCACCGAUUGACGUAAAGCCAGACUCUCUGCUUGAUGGAAAUUCGCUCGCUAGAGGACCUACUACACCCACAGGGUCAAAGAGAAGUCGCGACGGAGGCGAAGAGAAGGAUGGUGAAAAGAAGUGGGCGGGCUGGCCCGGCGACAAUGUGUUUCGUCUUGUUGUGCCUGUACAGAAGGUAGGGGGCAUCAUUGGCCGCAAGGGGGAGUUCGUGAAGAGAAUGUGUGAAGAGACGCGCUCUAGAAUCAAGAUCCUGGAGGGUGUGCCUGGCACGGCCGAGCGAAUUGUCAUGGUUUCAGCAAGGGAAGAUCCUGAAGCUGCAAUAUCUCCCGCCAUGGAAGGGCUUCUACGUGUACAUCGGCGCGUCAUUGAAGGAGCUGAACCAGAGUCGGUGGAUGCGGAGAUUGCACCAGGGGGUGCGCCUGUAUCUUCUCGCCUUCUCGUAGCUGCCACUCAAGCUGGUAGUCUUAUUGGUCGCCAGGGUGCUACAAUUAAGUCUAUUCAAGAUACCUCGGGUGCAAAUGUUCGCGUUUUGCCUGCUGCAGAGGAGCUUCCAUUGUGUGCGCUAGCAGAUGAUCGAGUUGUGGAAGUUCAGGGUGACCCUCGUAACGUGCAGCGUGCAAUGGAACUUGUUGUUUCGCACCUUCGCAAGUUCUUGGUGGAUAGGAGUGUUCUUCCAUUGUUUGAGUUAAAUCGGGCAGUGGCAAAUCAGAAUAAUCAACAAAGUACAGGCUCCCAAUGGCAGCAGCCGAGCAGCACCCAGCAACAGCAGCCACCCAGCUACAGCAGUAAUGAUUCCACUUACUAUGGAGGUGCUGAUAUCUCGCAUCAUUCUCAAACACAACAGCAGUCGCAUGAUCUGGCCAACCAGCAUCACCACGGCGUCUCUAUGUAUGGCCGGGAUCCCACUUUAGGAGGCUCCAUUGCGCCUCCUCCUCCUGCCCCAGUUAUCACGCAGGUAACUCAACAUAUGCAGAUCCCUCUUUCAUAUGCGGAUGCUAUCAUUGGUAGCGCAGGUGCCAACAUCAGCUAUAUGCGUCGCACCAGUGGUGCUACAAUUACAAUCCAGGAAACUCGGAGUGUGCCUGGCGAGAUGACGGUUGAGAUUCACGGGAGCGCAUCUCAAGUGCAGACUGCUCAGCAAUUAAUCCAGAUGCAAUGUAAUCCUUUUCAACAGGACGAUCAUUAUCAGAAUUUCAUGACAGGCGCAUCCAGUGGACCCCCACCUUACACCAGCACCUACAGCAGCACAGUGGACACUAACUACAGUUCAUACCCAAGCCAACCUUCUAUGUACUCAACAACCCCAGCAACAGGUCCACCUGCAGCGUCAUAUGCGUCACAUUACAAUACCUCCUAUGGAUAUUAGUUUAUGUGUAAAUGGCCUGUCUGUAGUACAACUGUAGUCUAGAUUAUGGCCUUACCAAGGUUUGUGGCUCAUUUUUUAUCCUGAAGUUGAUGAAUUUGGUUAGUGUAGUUCAUCAACUGGGCCCGAAAUCCAUCCUUCCAAAUUUGGUUGUGUUGCCUUGUGUACUGCCAGGAUGUUUCUAUGCACAGUGUUAGGCUUUUUGGGAUAGAUAGCGUUUUGCAAUCUCCACAAAAACAUGAUGUGUGAAUUUGUUGACGUCGAUGAUGAAAGUAUGUCUUUUUCAUUGAA